AUGGAUGACCCCUUCAUGGAUCAUCAUCACUACGGGGACUCGCUCUUCCCGAGUUCUACUCUGAUCCCCGUCACCAUAAUCUGUCUCUUGCUCUUCAUCAUCGGCGUGACCGGUAACACCAUGACCAUCCUCAUCAUCCAACGUUUCAAAGAUAUGAAGACUACAACCAACCUCUACCUGUCCAGCAUGGCUGUAUCCGAUCUCGUCAUUUUCCUCAGUUUACCUUUUGACCUUUACCGUCUCUGGAAGUACGUGCCCUGGGUCUUCGGUGAGCUGGUUUGCCGUCUGUCUCACUACAUCAACGAGGGCUGCACUUACGCCACCAUACUCCACAUCACCGCGCUCAGCAUGGAACGCUACCUGGCCAUUUGUUUCCCGCUCAAGGCCAAGGUGGUGGUCACCAAACGAAGGGUGAAGUAUGUGAUCCUUGCCCUUUGGACUUUCGCCCUGCUUUCGGCCGCGCCCAUGUUCUUUCUGGUGGGGGUAGAGUACGAAAACGAGACGCAGCCGGAUCCAGACACGAGACAGUGCAAACACACCAGCUACGCAAUCGACUCUGGGUUGCUCCACACCACCAUCUGGGUGUCCACUGCUUACUUCUUCUGCCCCAUGUUCUGUCUGCUCUUCCUGUACGGCUCCAUCGGUAGAAGACUGUGGAAGACACGUAACGAACUCCACGGACCCUGCACAGCUGCCAGGCAGAAAGCUCACAGGCAGACCAUCAAACUCCUGGUUGGUGUCGUCAUAGCCUUCGCCAUCUGCUGGUUACCCUUCCACAUCGGCCGAAACCUCUUCACGCACGUCGACGACUACCACACGGCUCGAGUGAGCCAGGACUUCAACGUUGCCUCCAUGGUUCUCUUCUAUCUCAGUGCCUCCAUCAACCCCGUGCUCUACAACCUGAUGUCCCACAAGUACCGCACGGCUGCCAAACGCCUGUUCCUUCUGCCGCGCCGAUACCGUCGACGGGGCCAGAGGCAACUCUCCACCCGUGACGAGAUCGCUACUUGUACCGAGACCCUCACCGGGGUGUAG